AUGAGGAGUCGGGUCUUGAGACGUUGCACCACCGAGCAAGACCUCGACUGGUAUCUUACAAUGAUCUUCAGGCAGCCUUCAGAGGAGGAUGACUCAGCAAUUCAAACAUCUCGACUGAGCCUUCGCCAGGUGAAUGUCGAGGGUGGCUGUCAGUUCGACACAUGCCUCAUUCAACAGACCUUGAAGGCCCUACGAGAGCUCAAGGACAAAACUCGCCGCACUGAUACAGACAAUGAGGACUCUGGGCUCGUCGCCCCCGACUUCACGCUGUUUCUGCAAUGUCAAGUCCCCGACUGUCCUUUCGAUCAUCUUUCUGUGUUGUUUACCGCCGAGUACAAGACCUAUGCACACCGCACCACUCUCGCAAGGGCUCUGGAGAAGCGAGUCAUUUCCCUGCAACUUGGAAAAUUGAAGAAGAGUGUUGAAGUCAAGGGACCGAGAACUCAAAAGUCCUCUGGAAAUGGAUCAAGUGCUUUAUCAGCAACGACUCUCAGAAACCAGGGGCUGAAAAGUAACUCUGCUGUCGCAGAUGCACGCCAGACAAAUGCCAAUGGUUGGCAGAUGUUGUUCACCAACAGCCUUACUCUGCUCAACGGCCCAGAAAUGGGAGCCAUCGUCACCUCCCGCCCUCCUGUUCCACCAAAGAACGUCGCGGUCACCACGGUCGACUGGAACGACUUUGCUCUCUCCCGUGAUGACAAGCUUCCGCUUGCUAGGGAUGUGAUGCGCCUUCCGCACUAUGAUGACUUUGACGGUGUUAUUGACGAUGAGGUGCUUGACGGCGACGCUCCGACCCUCGAGGAGAUGGUCACCAUUCUCAAGAAGAUUGGCAUGAACAUUGUCCUCGUGUCACCCGACUACAUGGACAAGCUCAUUCUCGAGAUUACCGAUGGCACUGCCAGGACCACUUCCGCGGAAGAACUGAGCGAGACUGGUAGCCCUGCAGACGUACCGGCGACUCCUGCCAAACCCCCCAAGCGCAAGGGACGUGACAGCGACGAAUCGGUCAAAUCGGCGCACACUGCCUCUUCCAGCUCGACCACCUUCAGUGAAAAGUUAGUCACCCCCGCCGGUCCCAAGACAGGCGGUGUCGCGGAUGCCGCUGGAAGAGCUUCGGGGCCAGUGCCAGUCAUGGCAUUCUCUGGUGACCCCAAGUACGCUCGUGAUGGGCACACAAGGGCGUUGAGGAGGAGACGGGCACGAAGGGAACGUGAAUGUUCAGAACCAGAAUAG